GCUUGUGAUAGUAGUGCAAUUUUAGUAUUAAUAUUUGUAGAGUAAGAAAUUUUAAUGAGAUUUCUAGAUUUCUCUUGAAUUUUCAUGCACUGUAUGUCUUCGUAUAAGCAUAAUAAACUGUGAAUGCGGCCACUGACAACGUUCUGUGGUGGCAUUCACUUACAAUUGAAUAUGCAAAAAUAUGAAAAGUUAGAAAAAAUUGGAGAAGGCACUUACGGAACUGUCUUCAAAGCUAAAAAUAGAGAGACCCAUGAAAUUGUUGCUCUGAAGAGAGUUCGUCUUGAUGAUGAUGAUGAGGGUGUACCAUCAUCUGCUUUACGAGAAAUCUGCUUGCUGAAAGAGUUGAAACAUAAGAAUAUCGUACGACUCUAUGAUGUUUUGCACAGUGACAAAAAAUUGACUCUGGUAUUUGAACACUGUGACCAAGACCUGAAGAAGUACUUUGAUAGCCUGAAUGGUGAAAUUGAUCCAGAUAUAGUAAAGUCUUUUAUGUACCAGCUUCUGCGUGGUCUUGCAUUUUGUCACAGCCAUAAUGUUCUUCAUCGUGAUCUUAAACCACAGAAUUUACUCAUCAACAAGAAUGGCGAGCUGAAGUUGGCUGAUUUUGGCCUUGCUCGUGCAUUUGGUAUCCCAGUUAAGUGCUACUCAGCUGAGGUGGUAACAUUAUGGUACCGCCCACCAGAUGUCUUAUUUGGAGCUAAGCUGUACACAACCUCAAUUGACAUGUGGUCUGCUGGUUGCAUCUUUGCUGAGUUGGCAAAUGCAGGAAGACCAUUGUUCCCAGGUUCUGAUGUGGAUGACCAACUUAAGCGUAUAUUCAAGUUGCUAGGGACUCCAACUGAAGAAACGUGGCCUGCAAUUAGUCAGUUGCCAGAUUACAAGGCUUUUCCAAUGUACCAUCCAAGUAUGAGUUUUAGUCAGGUGGUACCAAAACUCAAUUCCAAAGGAAAGGAUUUGUUACAGCGUCUGUUGGUGUGCAACCCAGCACUAAGAUUGCCAGCUGAAGAUGCGAUGACUCAUCCAUACUUCAGUGAUCUCAACACGGCAGUCAAGAACGAUCGCUGCCCGUAGCAGGUCUGGCCAUAGAGUCUCUCAGUCUUCAGAGUAAACUGAUGGGCCGAUGCUUCCAGUCAACUAUGACAAUUUUGAACCAGAUCAUGAACUUAUUUCUCAUUGACUUCCAGUGGACAUAUCCAAAAUCAAAUUUUUACAUUUGAAUUUCUCCCUGUAUUUUGACAAGAGUGAAUGUGAUGUAGCAUUCAGAAGUGUUUUAACUUUUACGUUAAUGAGCGUCAUUGAUUGAUGGCCGAAAGAAUGCGUAAAGUGCCCGCAUGAGACUGAAUCUCUGUGUGUCUGACACAGCAGUUUUAGAUUGCUUUGUGCAACAAUGGUUUAUCUUAAUAUUUACAGAUCAUUUAAUGAUUGUUUUUAUACCAUACUAUGGUACUACAUACAUCUUUUAUAGACUGACAUGAAAAGUCAUUUAAGUCCGAACAUAAGUCGGUGAUCAAGUGAUCAGAAAGAUGUGUGACUACAGUUCAUAAUGGAAGGUUGAUCCUUUUAACCUCUUCUUUCUUCAUUCUCUGAACAUUUGGAAGUACACAACAGUAUGCCAUUUUUUCUUUGUCAUUUUCUAGUUUCCAUUCAUGGUUAUUUUGUUGUGUCUUACUUGAUGCUGAAUAACUAUGCAUUUGAUAUGGCAACAAUAAAGAUACACAUAAAAUUAUAAAAUAAUUGUGUUUCACCAAUGCUGAUAUUUGGUUCUGAGACUUGGACCUUGAAGAAAAAGGACAAGAAAGAAUGAAAGCUUAACGGAUAAGUUUCCUUUGAUCACUAACAGUGGUUACUUGAAGAGACCGAAUAUCAGACAAUUAGGAGUUAUAAAUGCAAUAGAUGAUACUGAAAAAUAGAGAUUCGAUUGAAGAUUGCUUGCGGAGAGAUUGAAUAACAGAAGACUACUGAAGAAAGCAUACUGUGUUAGACCUUAUAGAAGAAGAAUGUGGGAAGACCUACAAAAAUAUGAUCUGAACAAUUUUAGUUUCACAACAGGCCGUGGUGGCCUAAUCUUUGGUUCUGAAGAAAUAAGAAAUAAUUGGUCAAAUGCUCUAGCUCUUCCAUUUUUCUCGUAAUUUUGUAUUAAAUUUUCUAUUCCCAUUUCUUUUAUCAGAAGAAAUUCCUCAGAAUAGUAAUCAUAUUUUUCUCUUGUGUUCAGCCACCAUGUUUAUUUGGAACUUUUACAUUAUUGUAUCAAAAGGUAUAUUAUUCCUAAGCACCAGAGACUGCAUUGUUCUACUCCUUAUAGUGUCAAGACUGAUUAGAUUUCAGUUAAUUGUUGUAUAACAUUACGAUUCAGUUGAUCCUGUACGGCCAGUAUGGAUUGGGACACCACAUUGACCUGGUGAUAGAUAUAAACAUUGCAGGAAAUAUAAAUGUUUUAUUCCUGAGCAAUUCAGAAAUAAAAGAAUUAAAUGUUA